AUGGGCCAGGACAUCUUGCACGAGCUUGUCCCCGAUCGCGAGGGCCUACUGAACUGCCAAGACGUGGCGUGGCACGCUGCCUCCGCCGACUGGAUCCAGCUUCGGAGCCCCAAGAGCCCAAGCGCUACGACCUGGCUCAGAAGCAGGGGCUGGCGGACUUCCUGA